CAGGUCUUCAACCUAAUUCAGGACUUCUAGAUAACACAAUUGAAAAAAAUAAACUAAAAAAUAAAAAGUUAUUUUCUUAAUAAUUUUUAAAAAUCAUUUUCUUCUUAUAUAUCAAGUUUUGUGGAGCCUUGUUUGUAGAAAAAGAAAAAAAAGAAAAAGAAAAAAGGAAAGAGACAAAGACGAUCGACUUCUUUUUCUCUACCGAGUGAGUGACUCAAGAUAAUGGACCACCAAAGUAACUAGUAUGAGAUCGACCUGUAGAAUAAGAUGAAUAUAAAUAAGAGCUUAAAUACAGCACUGCUACACAUCGACCAUAAGCCAUGGGGUACUCUUCAACCUUAGAGAAGGUCCUCUCAUUUGUUUCCUUACUCUUGUUUGUUAUGUUGUUGUCUUCACCCAAUUCAGCUUCUGCUUCUGUUCAAGAAGCUAAAGCUCUCCUCAGAUGGAAAGCCAGCCUUCAACACCAAAAUAAUUCUGUGCUAACUUCAUGGAUUUUUCCUUCUAAUUAUAAUACCACCGGUUCUUCAAGCAAUCAAAAUACAAGUGCCAUCCCUUGCACUUGGUCUCGAGUUUCUUGCGAUUUUGAUGGAAGUGUCACCGGACUGAACCUCACAGGUGCAAGUGUAAAUGGUACGCUCUAUGAUUUCCCAUUUUUAUCUCUCCCUAAUCUUGCAUAUCUUGAUCUCAGCAUGAAUGAUCUUUCCGGUAUCAUCCCACCUCAAGUUGGUAAACUCGCAAAACUCAUCUAUCUGGAUUUUUCCAUUAAUCAGUUUUUCGGAAUAAUCCCACCACAAAUCGGCCUCCUAACAAAUCUUCAAGUCCUUCACAUGUUCCAGAAUCAGCUAAAUGGAUCAAUUCCUGCAGAAAUAGGCCUACUGAAGUCCCUUUAUGAGCUUGCUUUGUGCACUAACAAUCUUGAUGGUACCAUUCCCGCUUCUUUGGGCACAUUGAGCAACUUGGCUUCUCUGUUUCUCUAUGAAAACAAACUCACUGGUUCCAUUCCUCCAGAAAUGGGGAAUCUCUUCAAUCUUGUCAUUCUUGACAUGAAUACGAACCUUCUCACAGGUCCUAUCCCUUCCACUUUCGAGAACUUGAAUAAGCUAACCAUGUUGCGGCUAUUCCAAAAUCAGCUCUCUCAUCCCAUUCCACCAGAGAUAGGAAACCUGAAAUCCCUUGAGACACUGAUUCUUUAUAAAAAUAAUCUUUCUGGCACAAUCCCGGUAUCCUUGGGUGAUAUAAGCUCGCUAACUCAACUACUUCUCUACGAAAAUCAACUCUCUGGUCCCAUUCCUAGAGAAUUAGGAAAGUUAAAGUUUCUCUAUGACCUACAAUUGAGUGUGAAUCAGUUCAAUGGUUCCAUUCCUUCUUCAUUUGGCAAUUUAAGCAACAUGAAGUUCUUGUUCCUCCGUGAUAACCAACUCUCCGGUCUUAUUCCACAAGAAAUUGGGAAUCUGGAGAAGUUGGUCGUAUUGGAAAUGGAUCAUAAUCAGUUUUCUGGCUAUUUGCCUAAAAACAUUUGCCGAGGCGGAAAACUACAAAACUUCACGAUAAACAGUAACCAGCUCAAGGGUCUUAUCCCCAAAAGCUUAAGAAACUGUUCUAGCUUAAUCAGAAUCCGUUUCAAUGGAAACCAACUCACUGGAGAUGUAUCUAAAGCUUUUGGUAUCUAUCCAAAUCUUAAUUUCAUGGAUUUAAGUAACAACAAUUUUUUUGGUGAAAUCUCUUAUAGAUGGGGACAGUGCUCAAAUUUGACUAGCAUAUUGAUGGCAAGGAACAAUAUCACUGGCCAAAUACCACGAGAGUUGGGAAAUUUAUCUCGACUUCAGGUAAUUGAUCUUUCUUCGAAUGAAUUAGAUGGGGAUAUUCCAAAGGAACUAGGGAAGUUAGAUUUGCUAAAGGUUGAUUUGAAAGACAAUCAACUUUCUGGUAGUAUACCUAGAGAACUCGGAUUACUAGCUAAUCUGUUGUAUCUUGACAUGUCCAUAAAUAGAUUGAGUGGUUCAAUACCGGGAAAUCUAGAAAAAUGCUUGCAGCUGCAUUACUUGAACUUGAGUUACAACCAUUUUAGCCAAAACAUUCCACCUGAGAUGUAUAAGUUAGCUCAACUGUCCAAGCUAGAUUUGAGCCAUAAUUUUCUCAUGGGAGAAAUAUCAUCGCAAAUUCAAAAUUUGCAGAGUUUGGAGGUGCUAAAUCUCUCCCACAAUAACCUCUCUGGUUUCCUUCCAGAGGCUUUUGAAGAAAUGCAUGGGUUGAUGUAUGUUGACAUAUCCUACAAUGGGUUUCGAGGUCCCAUUCCCAGCAACAAUGCCUUUAGAAAUGCUACCAUAGAGGCAUUACAAGGGAACAACGGUUUGUGUGGCAAUGUUACAGGAUUGAACCCUUGCAAAAAUGGCCAACACAUUGUGAAGGAAAGCCACAAAUUCAUUCUAGUUCUUAAAAUUGUAUUACCUAUUGUGGGAGCACUUAUACUUGUUGGUGCAUUCAUUGGACUCCUAAUCCUGUUUGAAAGAAGAAAAAGUAAAGCACCAAUCAAACAAGGCGACUUGCAGGCAGAUGAAAACAAUCUAUUUUUAAUUUCCAAUUUUGAUGGUCGAGCAAUGUAUGAUGAAAUCUUAAAAGCCACCAACAAUUUUGAUGCCUCGUAUUGCAUUGGGAAAGGAGGAUCUGGAACUGUCUACAAAGCAAGAUUGCCAGCAGACAACGUAGUGGCUGUGAAAAAACUUCACCCAUUCUCUGAGCCAGCAAACCGUCAAGGAUUUUUGAACGAGGUAAGGGCAUUGACAGAGUUACGACAUAGGAACAUUGUAAAGCUUUAUGGUUUCUGUUCACAUGCUCAACACUUAUUUUUGAUUUAUGAGUACUUUGAAAGGGGUAGCUUGGCCACAAUCUUGAGAAGAGAUGAAGAGGCUCAAAUUUUGGAUUGGCCCAAGAGGGUGAACAUCAUUAAGGGGGUGGCUCAUGCUGUAUCUUAUAUGCACCAUGACUGCUCACCACCAAUUGUACAUAGGGACAUAUCAAGCAACAAUAUUUUGUUGGACAACGAGUAUGAGGCUCAUGUCUCAGAUUUUGGCACUGCUAAGCAUCUGAAGCUGGACUCCUCAAAUUGGAGUACACUUGCAGGCACAUAUGGAUAUAUAGCACCAGAACUAGCUUUCACAAUGAAGGUAACUGAAAAAUGCGAUGUGUAUAGCUUUGGAGUGUUGAUAGUGGAAGUGAUCAAAGGGAAGCAUCCAGGCAAUUUCAUCACCUCUCUAUCAUCAUCAUCUAUUGAUAAGAAUAUAAUGCUGAGAGAUGUGUUGGAUCAACGCCUUUCAGCUCCCUCAACUGACGGUGAAGAGGUGUUGAUAUCAAUUAUAAAGUUGGCCAUUGCAUGUUUAAAUGUCAAUCCACAAUCUAGGCCGACCAUGCGCAUUGUCUCUCAGUUAUUGUCAACCCUAACAACACCUUCCUAGAACCAUCCAACUUAGUUACUCAACAUAUUUUGUCGUCCUUUGUACCAUAUAGUGUGUUGUUUUUCAUCUUAGUAUCUAUUUGCAUUUCAUAGCAAUAUAUUGUCAGCACGA